AGAGGCUUCCAGUUCAGGAGUGACCACAGGUUUUUCAUACGAGUUUGGUUUGUGUUCCCACGACAAGUAGACAUGGUCAGCCGAUUUGAGCACCCAGCUGGUGGAUACAGGAAGAUUUUUGAGACCUGCGAGGAGCUUGCAGAGCCUCUGCCAGCAACAGUCACUGGAAGGAUCCCUCCAUUUCUGAAGGGAAGUCUUCUCCGUUUGGGACCUGGACUUUUUGAGGUUGGAGAUGAACCCUUUUAUCACCUCUUUGAUGGCCAGGCCCUCAUGCAUAAAUUUGACUUCAAGAACGGCCAAGUUACCUACUACAGGAAGUUUGUCAGGACAGAUGCAUACGUGAGGGCCAUUACUGAGAAGCGCGUGGUGAUCACUGAGUUUGGCACAUUUGCGUAUCCCGAUCCCUGCAAAAACAUUUUCUCCAGGUUUUUCACGUAUUUCAAGGGUGUUGAGGUCACAGACAACUGCCUGGUGAACGUCUACCCUAUUGGAGAGGAUUUCUAUGCAGUAACAGAAACCAACUUCAUCACCAAAGUGAACACUGACACCUUGGAGACACUGAAGAAGGUUGACAUGUGCAACUAUAUCAACAUUAACGGAGUGACAGCACACCCACAUAUUGAGAGAGAUGGCACUGUAUACAACAUUGGAAACUGCAUGGGAAAAGGAGCAACACUGGCCUACAACAUCGUCAAGAUCCCUCCAACACAGAAAGAUAAGUCUGACCCCAUUGAGAAGUCAAAGGUGGUGGUGCAGUUCCCCAGUGCUGAGAGUUUUGGCAUGUCAGACAACUAUUUUGUCUUUGUGGAGACUCCCGUGAAAAUUAACCUGCUGAAGUUCCUGAGUGCCUGGAGCAUCCGAGGCUCAAACUACAUGGACUGCUUUGAAUCCAAUGAGAAACAAGGAACCAAUUUCCACAUCUCCAAGAAAGACCCAGGAGAGUACAUCGACAUCAAGUUCAAAGGGGCCCCCAUUGGCAUGUUCCACCACAUCAACACUUAUGAAGACCAAGGGUUCCUUGUUGUGGACCUGUGUGGAUGGAAAGGUUUUGAGUUUGUUUACAACUACCUCUGGCUGGCAAACCUAAGAGCCAACUGGGAGGAGGUGAAGAAGGCAGCCAUGAUGGCUCCCCAGCCAGAAGUGCGCAGAUACGUCAUCCCCCUGGAUGUCCACAAGGAGGAGCAGGGCAAGAAUCUUGUGAGCCUGCCAUACACCACAGCCACUGCUACCAUGCAUUCUGAUGGCAUGGUAUUCCUGGAGCCUGAGGUGUUGUUCUCAGGACCCCGACAAGCCUUUGAGUUUCCUCAGAUUAACUACGAAAGGUACGCAGGGAAGAACUACACCUAUGCCUAUGCUCUGGGUCUCAACCAUUUCAUACCAGACAGGAUCUGCAAGUUGAAUGUAAAGACCAAGGAGACCUGGGUAUGGCAGGAGCCGGACUCCUACCCCUCAGAGCCGUUGUUUGUCCAGACCCCUGAUGGAGUGGAUGAGGAUGACGGAGUGCUCCUGACCAUUGUGGCGGCUCCCGGUUCCCAGAGACCAGCAUACCUGCUGAUCUUGAAUGCCAAGGAUCUGUCAGAGAUCGCCAGGGCUGAAGUGGAAUGCAAUAUCCCCGUCACCUUUCACGGGAUGUACAAACCAUGAUCAGCUGUUCCAGUAUUAUCAGCUGCCACAGAAAUAAAGAUUUUCAGAGAGAAAAAGGGUGCAAUUAACCCUCUUAAGCCCAUAUUAAACUAGAAAACAAAUCUUGUGGUUGAAAAAAUAAAUAUUUCGGAA